GUUCGGGGGUAUCCUUGAUGGAUAGGAAUGUUUGGCGGUUGAAUCGUUAAGUUGGUAUAAAAAGCGGCCGCCGGGCAGCAGAUCGGCACAGUCAGAGCUUCUCUAGCCACCAAGAGCGUCUAACUUCCAUCGUUAGCAACAUGAAACUGUUCGUAGCCAUCGUUUUCGCGAUUCUGGCCAUUGUGGCCGCACAGGACGCUCAGUACACCACCAAGUACGACGGUAUCGAUCUGGAUGAAAUCCUGAAAUCAGACCGGCUGUUCAACAACUACUACAAGUGCCUGAUGGACGAGGGUCGUUGCACCCCGGACGGCAACGAGUUGAAGCGUAUCCUACCGGAAGCCCUGCAGACCAAUUGCGCCAAGUGCAGCGAGAAGCAGAGGGCUGGCGCGGUCCGGGUGAUCAACUACAUGAUCGACAACCGCAAGGAGCAGUGGGAAGCGCUGCAGAAGAAGUACGAUCCGGAGAACCUGUACGUUGAAAAGUACCGGGAGGAAGCCAAGAAGGAGGGAAUCAACCUGGAAUAGUAGAGU